AUGGCCAAGAGACUGACCGGCCGUAUGGGUCUCACCACCUCCUCGUCAUCUCGAUCCUCCCCGGUCCUGGAGCCAUCGCAACCUCCAUCCUCCGCCGACGAUUCUUCACCUGCAGGAGGUCCUGCCCCCGCCAUCGCCCAGCAGCACCACCAUCAUCGCCAUGGCCAGAAGCACUACUACGAGAGCCAGAAGCUGCUCGCUCAGCUCCAUGACUGGUUGGAGCACGAGCGCAAAAAGAAGGCCUCUCGCAAGACCAAGACUUCAUCUCGUCGCCGAUCGCCCCAAUCCAAGCCUAAGAAGGAGCUGUCACCGGUCCCCGAACCCGCGGCCACUGCAGCGGCAGCGGAGCCGGCGAUGCCUCGUUCUCGCUCCGACUCGAUCGAUUCCGACUCGAGCGACGUUUCGUUCGACAGGCUGCAGAGAAUCAUCGAGGAAAGCAUGGCCUCCAUGGGCAUCAACUCGGUUCCUCAGAUGGCCCCCAAGGUUGGCAGGCGCCCUUCUGCCCGUCUCAGGAAAUCGCAGUCGCGCAGCUUGCUUCACAGAACGGCGAGCUCUGACACAGACUACGUUGGCGACGACGUCGUCGUGCCCACGUGCGAUGCUGUCCUCGACAACUCAAAGACUCUCAGCUACAGCGGCGGCGGCAAGAGCACCGAUGACUUGACCCUCGGCCACAAGGCAGACGACAAGGAAAAGGCCUGGGCCACGUUCAAGAACGAGAUCGUGCGCCUGACCCACACACUCAAGAUCAAGGGGUGGAGAAGGGUCCCUUUGGACAGCGGCAACAGCGUCAUUGUGCAGCGCCUCAGCGGAGCCCUGACCAACGCCGUUUACGUCUUGUCCCCCCCCGAAGACCUCGACGAGAAGGUGACGGGCAAGAAACCCCCGCCGAAGCUCCUUCUGCGCAUCUACGGCCUCGAGCACCUCAUCGACCGCGAGAACGAGCUCACCGUGCUCCGGAGACUAGCGCGCAAGAAGAUCGGCCCCAGGCUCCUCGGGUGCUUCACCAACGGCCGCUUCGAGGAAUACUUCAACUCCAUCACCCUCACCCCCAGCGACUUGCGCGAGCCCGAGACCUCCAAGCAGAUCGCCAAGCGCAUGCGCGAGCUGCACGUGGGAAUCGACGUCUUGGACCGGGAGAAGGACGAGGGCCCCGCCGUGUUGAAGAACUGGGACACCUGGCUGCGCAACGUCGAGAAGAAGAUCCUGGCCCUCGACGAGAGUGUCCGGAGGGGCAACAGCGUGUUCCGAGGCUCCGGCUACGUCUGCGGCGUCGAGUGGCAGCAGUUCAAGGAACUGUACGACAAGUACCGCGAGCUAGUCAUCAACGCCUACAAGGGCCCCCAGGAGGUCCGCGAGCGUCUCGUCUUUGCCCACAACGACACCCAAUACGGCAACAUCCUGCGCAUGCGCCCCGACGACGAGAAGUCGCCCCUGCUGCAGCCCGCCAACGAGCACAAGCAGCUUGUCGUCAUCGACUUCGAGUACGCGGCCGCCAACGUCCCCGGCCUGGAGUUCGCCAACCACUUCACCGAGUGGGCCUACGACUACCAUCACGAGACGCUGCCCUUCCGCUGCAACACGGUCCGCUACCCGACCAUCCAGGAGCAGCGCCGCUUCCUCAAGGCCUACGUCGAGCACCGCCCGCAGUUCUCCCACGGUGGCGCCUCCACCCCGCGCCUCGCCGCCGCCGACGUCCCCGUCGGCAGCACCACCCCGGCCCUCCUGCCGACCAGCUCCUCGAGCUCCAUCGUCGAGUUCAUGCUCGACGCCCGCGUGCCGCCGAACCACUGGAAGGAGGAGGAGCGCCGCGCCGAGGAGGCGAUCGAGGCCGAGGUCAAGGAACUGUACGAGGAGACGCGUCUGUGGCGCGGUAUCAACAGCGCUCAGUGGGUCGCCUGGGGCAUCAUCCAGGCCAAGGUGCCCGGGUUCGAGUCCCCGGAGGAGAUUGAGCAGCAGGAGAAGCAGGCCAAGAGCGAGGCCGCCGCCGCCGCCGGCGACCCGGAGGCGAAGGCCGAGGUGCAGGCGGCCGCAGACGCCGAGGAUGAGGGCGACGAGUACGACUACCUGAGCUACGCCCAGGACCGCGCAUUCUUCUUCCUCGGCGACUGCGUCAUCAUGGGCCUCGUACGCAAGGAGGAGCUCCCCGAGGACGUGCAGAGCCGGCUCAAGAUUGUGGAUUUCUGA